CCUCUCCCCCUGGCUAUCCUCUGCAGGGCGCUGAUCCCAGGAACGGGCACCCAGAGCCUGGAGCUGAGGGGAUGGAGCCCCAAGGAACCCCUGACGGUGCCCCUGGCCCGAGUGACCGGCAUAAGAGGAGGAGCCGGCAGCACCAGCGGUUCAUGGCACGCAAGACCCUGCUGCAAGAGCAGGGGCUGUUAAGCCUGCCCGUCAAGCUGAAGCCUGCCCCUCCACCCUCCAAGCUGCCGGACACCAAGGCUGCAGAGAGCCAUAGGCCAAGGCAGGAGGCCUGGACCAACUGUGCCCAGAGCAGCAGGAGCCCUAUCCCCAGGACAACCCCUGGACCCCUUCCCAGCAAGUGUGUGGCGAUCGACUGUGAGAUGGUGGGCACAGGACCCCAGGGGCGGGUGAGCGAGCUGGCUCGCUGCUCUGUGGUGAGUUACCAUGGCGAUGUCCUCUAUGACAAGUACGUGCGGCCCGAGAGACCCAUUGUGGACUACCGCACGCGCUGGAGCGGUAUCACUCAGCAGCACAUGCGCAAGGCCAUUCCCUUCCAGGUGGCUCAGAAGGAGAUUGUGAAGCUGCUUAAGGGGAAAGUGGUGGUGGGUCACGCGCUGCACAACGACUUCCGGGCCCUCCAGUACGUGCAUCCUCGGAGCCAGACCCGGGACACCACCUGUGUCCCCAGCCUCCUCCAGCCCAGCCUGCCUGCUCGGGCCCGCGUCUCCCUCAAGGACUUAGCCCUGCAGCUGCUGCAUAGGAGAAUCCAGGUUGGCCGGCAGGGGCACUCGUCGGUGGAGGACGCCAUAGCAGCCAUGGAGCUGUACCGCCUGGUGGAACCACAGUGGGAGCAGCAGCUGGCCACGGGCCUCCAGACCCACCGUGAGGACUCGGAGCCUGAUAGCAGCACGGACAUGGAGCAGUACAUGGAGGACCAGUACUGGCCUGCGGACUUGGCCCCAGGCCCCAGAGGACAAGCUGCAGAAGCUCAGGGGCAGGGGCAGUGAGAGGAGGAGCCAGGGGCACAGGCUGUCUCCCGGAUGUGCUCUCACUGUGUCUCCAAGGGCUCGCUCACUCAACAACGCACUUUACAGACUGGACAGUAGGGCAGUCCUGGUUCUCCCUCCAUGCCAAGGUCACCACCAUGUGCACCCAGCCCUGGGCCA